UCCGCCGGCGUCUUGAAGAAUGCACGGUGGAGCAUAAUCAGAGCGAGGUGGAGGUGCGGGAGUUGCGCAGCGAACUUUCGGCGGUGCAGCAAGUCCUGCAGGAAAAGGAGAAUGUGUUGGCAAGCGAGCGCGAGAGGGCCCGUGAGGAGAGCCGUCGGUUGACUGCGCUCACCGCCGCCAAAGAGACGCUUCAUAGACAAAUAGAAGAGCUCCGGCGGCAGAUUCAGUCGCUGCAGCUGCAGCUUUCGGUGGCACGACAAGGGGCGCAGCAGAGCAAUCACACGGCUGCCUCCCAGCACAGUCGAAUGGAGGAGCGCGUCGCGGAGCUCACGAAGAGACUGAACGCGGUUGAAUCGGAGAAACAACAGUUGGAUCGUCAGACAAACAACGACAGAAGGAAAAUUGCUGUUCUUGAGAAAGAGCUUGCCGAGUCACGGAAGCGAGAAGCUGAACUCUCCAGCCAACUUCAGGCACGUAAAUCUGAGAACUCGGCAUUGAAGGAACGUUGUGCCAAUCUUGAAUCGCUUAAAAACAUUGGGGAAGUCACCCUUGCAGAAACACGUUUGCGGGAAAAAGACCUCCUUGAAAAAAUUGAGGAGAUGCGCAGUGCGCAGCAACUCAUGCAGCUCUGCUUUGACAAGCAACAGGAACAGCUAGAGGUGGGCCGUCGAAUGCAUGAACAAGACAUCAACCGAAGUGGAUUGUUAUACAAAAAUGAUCGCUGA